AUGGCAAGCAACACAGCGUCAUCGCCUGUAUCUCCGUUGAAACCAUCGGAUGGACCCCCAGAGUCCCCGACCACUGCACGACCCCUGGAUUUCGAUAGCGAUCAAGAGACGGGCACCGUAGAGACGACCAAGACCGAGAUCCCGAAGCCACCUCCCAAGGACGAGGUUCCGCCUUCAAAACCACCUCGGCCAAUAUCUCAGCGCGAACAGGCAGAACUCACCUUGAAAGAAGCAUUCCCUGCAAUUGAAAUUGGUGUCAUUCGAGCAGUUCUUACCGCAAGUCGAGGCGAUAUUGAACCGGCUUUCAAUGCGCUGCUUGGGAUGAGCGACCCAGAUUCACAAAGAGAGCCCGAACCUACACCUCCACCCAAACCUCCUCGACCGUCUCAACAAUCUCCUGCAUCCACGAAGCUCACUCAGCUAGAAGCCGAUGAGUUAUAUGCGAGACAGCUGGCGCAGGAGUACAAUGCUGGCGCACCGAGACAGCAACCAAGAGGCCGCCGUAGCUCCAGCGAAAGAUACAACGAAAACCUGCCAGGCUCCCGGGUUGGACGGCCAGGAGCGAGCCCAAAUCCUGAUGAUGUACCGUGGCGGAGUUUCAUUGAUGGUAUAGCGCCCGGCUUACACUCAGACAAAUACACGCUAAUAGACGCUGUGACAGACGACCUCCCAGAGAUCCGCGACAAUAUCCGGAAAGGGUUCGUUGAGACACAGAAGACGGUCAACAGCUGGAUCAGCGCAUUCAAGAAGAGAAUCGACGGCGAGGACGAUGACGACGUCGAAUUUGGGCAGGCUCAGCCACCCCUGCCGGCUCGGCCGACACAACAAUCACCUUUUACAGGUCGCCGGAGCGGCGAGAUGCGUCGCAGUGCAGACCUCCAACGCUAUGAUGCGGACAUGCAACCGAUUGGCGACGACUUUUCCAAGCUGGAACUCCGAGAGGGUGACGCACCGCCACGGACAUCAAGUCGACCAGUCGCGAAUCCCAACCUGUUUAAGUCUCAAGGACUAGACCGUCGCCCCUCGCCAGGGACCAACCGGAAGGUGUCUUUCCAGGAUGGCCCGCCCGAGGAGAUCCGCGAUAUGUACAGCGCAUCACCGAAACCAGCAGGUGCUGCAACCACCAAGUCGAGCAAAUGGCAACCGCUACAAAGUGUUGAUCCGAGCCCAGUAACGGAUAACGAUCCAUUCAGUCUGGGCGAUAGUGACGAGGAGAAGGAUGCGAAGGUUAUUACCUUGAAGGACGACGAUGACAAUGAGAAGAAGAUUGAAGAUAAGAAAGACGCCGAGCCAGCUACGACAGAAAGGACAGCUGCGGAAUCCAAGUAA